AUGCCUCCGGGAUUUGUCAAUCGUCUCCGCGCCAAUUCCAUCCCUCUCAAUACAAUCCCGCCUCAGCAAACGUCUGUCGACUAUUCGCAAGAUCUAGCGCACCUUGCAACCACCAUAAUCUAUCGUUCUCCAUUGCCGUCUCGUGACGGUUUGCCUCUCUUCAUUCUGAACUCUGCAGCCUUUCCCGAUGCCAACCAAGAAUACUACGACGAAUUGCUCCCAUACGUCCUUGCUCGUCUGCCAGAUGAUGAAGAGUUGAUUGGGGGUCUGGAAUACGAGAUUGUUUUCUUUGCUGGUGGAAAUCCAGGCGGCAGUUUUGCGAACAAGACAGUAAGCCCCGUGGAUGAUGAGCAUGAUGAGGAUGGCAACAAACCCCAAAAGGAGAAAAGCCCUGGGUUUGGCUGGUUCAUGAGAGCGUACAAUGUGCAGACCCGUGCCGCAAGAAAGAGACUCAGGAAGCUGUCCAUCGUGCAUGAGAAGCGAUGGGUGAGAGUUAUCAUGGAAAUGUUCGCAACUGUCGUCAGCCCCAAGUUCAGAAAGAAGGUCGUGCACGCCUCAACCCUGACGGCUCUUGCUCUUCACCUACCCAUCGAAGACUUACUCAUCCCACCAUCCGCCUAUUUUACGGAUCGAAAGAAGCUUUCGGAUAUAUACGUUCCCUACGCAAGCGGCAAGAGAGCCUUUGGCGUGCAAAUCCCAUUUCCCUUAUCUGCGGAUGAUACACCGAGACUCCCCCGCAUACUGCGCGAAACUUCAUCAUUCGUUCUCAAUCAAGAUAUCGUCGAAACACAGGGUCUAUUCAGAGUUUCUGCACGCCAGCAAACUGUGGAAGUUGUGCGCGAAGCCUUCGAGCGAGGGCAGAAAUUCAUCGUUUGGAAGGAUGGGCCAACAACUGUGACAUUUCCUCCUUUCAAAGAAGGCUUUGGAGAUGUCGUUAUCGAAGCAAACCUACUUGACCAAAUGGACGGUUAUGACGCUCAUACUGCUGCGGCUUUGAUCAAGCUCUGGUACAAAGAGCUCAAAGAACCUCUCUUCCCACAAUCAAGCUAUCAAGCGAUUCGGAGGUUCUAUGGCGACAAUGAGAAGACUCUAGAUGCAAAUGAACUGUUCCAAAUGCUAGAGCCAGGUGUCGAGUAUUCGCCCCUAGCACCUUCCGCGCGCAUGAUUCUGAAGAAACACAUGCUUCCACUUCUUUCUCACGUCUCUUCACAUGCGGAGAGUAAUAAGAUGACCCCUUUCAAUCUUGCCGUUUGCUUUGCUCCUGUACUCCUCCACGGACCUGAUCCCAUGGAGGACGUUAAGAUAUCAACCACCAUUCGCAAGAUUCUCGAAACGAUGAUUGAGAAAUGGCACGGUGAAUUGGCGCCUGUACUGGGACUGACCAAAGAAGAUUUCGAGAAUGAUCUCAGGAUGCCAGCAAACGCCGAUGACAGAGAAGAUCCAAUCGAAGAAAUAAAUGGCCGAAACGUCUCAGAAAACCAAAUCUCUGGCAUUGCUCUUCUUAACAACGACAACAGCUCCUCUGAAGCAAUGGACGGUGAGAGUGACAACGAUCUACGACCACCACUACCCCCGAGGCCUGCGCGCACAGUCACUGUUCCCGCUCCUACAGCUCUUCGGACAAUAGAUCUUGUCAAUAACAAAGUACUGCGAAAACCCGCGCCUCCAUUGCAAGUACCUCCCCGCUAUUCGACCGUUGUGACAGAUCAAGCAGCUGCUCUAGCAAGGCUGAAUGAUAUACAGCAACCUCAGUGGUCGUCCACCAAAAAUGUCGAGCAUUCUUUGCCCACUAAUACAAUUGAGGGAGCUCUCCCCACAAACACAGUCGAGGGCCCUCUUGAGGACGAGUCACCCGCUGCACAUAGGAAUAGCAUUGCCACAAUCGCCACACUACCAGUGUACGAGGAGAUGCAGCUUCCUCUGAGGCAAAUGAGCGAUCCCGCAAGUCUAAGAAGUCCAGAAUCUGAGCAGAGGUCCCCGAGCAUCCCGCGAAAACCUGUUGGCGAGGGUCAGACCAGCAAGAGGGAUGAAGAUGGUAAGGGAUGA